UGACAGACAACUGUUCUAUUGCCGUCAGAUACUGGAUAUCACCACUGGUGAGCCGGUGAAGCCGCCUUUCUCCACUGUGGACGCUGCUGUCAGCAUAUGCUAUUCUCAAUAUGGCGACUAUGUGGCCGCCCUGGAGGCGAAGGAGGCGCGCAACAGCCCCGACUUCUCCUAUAUCCGCGUGUACCGGCACUGGUCGCAGCAGGAGCGGGCGCAGCCGAUGAGGGCGCGCAUCGCCGCGCGCGUGACGCCGCCCAGCUCCGGCGCCGACCCCACCCUAGAGAUGAUAGAGGUAUGUGCAAUGUUCAGAUACCCUGGAAAUGGCAGAGUGUAG